UUCCUAUCCUCACUCCCGUAGCUUUCCUCUUGCUCCCACACCCCGAUCCCUUCCUCUUUCCCCAACGCUGCUCUCAUGCUCUGCCCUGCCCAAGCUCCAAUCCUCUACUACAGUCCACAACCACCACCGUGUUCUAUAUCUCCCGUCGUGCCGUAGCAUCGCUUCACCGCCGACGCCUCACCCACCCAACCCCUCCCCUCUCACGCUCAUCUCAACACCAUCGCCGUUCCCCUUUCUACUCCCGUCGCGUCCCUGCCAUCUCCACCCCGUCCGCGAUCUCGGGCACCGUUUCUUUCGUGGGGUUGGCUGACGGGAGGAGGGAGAUGAGCCGCGGGAGGUCUCCGGAGCCGCUUGAUUUCUUCAUAUGGACUGUCGAGGACGUCGGCUUGUGGCUUGAAGAGAUAAAUCUUGGUGGCUACAGACAAGUUUUUGAAGAAAACAGUGUCAAUGGAGAGUAUCUAGAGAGCUUGUCGAUGUUUACUACCGAGCAGAUUCUGCGGUUUAUCAGGCGGUGCCAUAUGAAAUGGGGAGAUUUUAUCACAUUAUGCAAAGAGUUGAGGCGCAUUAAAGUGGCCUGCCUGAAAGGGGAGCAAGAAGUCCGGAGGCCAUGGUGGGCACCAUCGUGCCUAUCGGUGGUGUUUGUGAGGGCAGCAAAGCGGAACCGACAGUCCCGAGUUGUCUCCCUAAAGCUGGAACCUUGAUGCUUGCUGGCCGCAUUGGAACACCGCGCCAAGCUACCCCAGAUUCUCUGCCUUACGGGCACUGAACCGCGCUAUCCCCACAAUGUAGGAGCAGUAUGCUCCGUGUCCAACCCGUCUCUCUACCCUGUUUUGUAUUCCUUUUUCAUCUUAUAAUAUAGGUUUGUGGAAUAGUAAGUAACCUGAUGUUACCUGAAGUGGAUAAGUAUAUGUGCAGAUGGUUCCUGUAUAAGAUCUGCUUCUUGCA